AUGCUGUUCACUCGUUUCGCCACGUUCCUGGCAACGUCCAUCGCCGCCGCGAAUGCGGUAUCGAUCCGAUACUGUUCGAACGAGAACACCGGCACAGGCUUCAACACUGGCGACUACGUCUACAACACCCUAGGCUACUGCAGCACGAAAUGCCAGAACGGCUCGUACGCGUACGCCAUCGUUCAAGGCCACGGAUGCUGGUGCUCGAACGACAAGCCUUCGAACAUCCAGAGUCCCGCUGGGUGUAGCCAGCAGUGCCCGGGCUAUCCAGCUCAAUACUGUGGGAAUACGGAGCAGGGAUUGUUUGGAUAUGUGGAGGUCCAGCCAUCUGGUUCUGCGCCAUGUACGAACAACGCCACCAGCUUGAUCUCUUCGUCCCCAACCACGACUGCAAACUCGAGCUCGCCUGUCACUGGCACACCGGGGGCAGCGACGACCACGCAGAGCAGCACGCUCUCUGCUACGCCAGCUGCCUACACUGGUGCUGCGGACAAGGUCUUCGCUUGGGGUGUUGGAAACGUAGUCUUUGGACUUGUUUUGGGUGGCGCCGUCGCGUUCGGUAUCUAA